AUGAUGCACUAUAUUCUUCUUACUGAACUGGAAACUACUAGCUUCACAUCCUGUAAAUUACAGGGAUUACAGACAUAUGAAAUACUGAGUCUAGAAAGAAAAUUCACCGAUUUAAAUUUACUAAAUAGCAAACAAGAACAUUUUUUUGAAGUUGAUACUCAAGGAAUUAACGUUCUAAAUAUUUUAUCUGGCAAUGAGUACAAUUACAGGAUCAUAAGCCAAUCCAUGGCGAUGGAGAAAACCAAUAUUGGCGGUAGGACCAUACAAGUGCAAAAGUUAGUGUGGACACUAGGAAGAACAUAA